AUGACGUCGGAUAAUCGGAGGCAAGAGGUCCUCGCUGUAGCAACCCUUUUCUUCGUGUUGACAUGGGUCACCGUCUGCUUGCGAUUCUAUGUACGCCUAUGCCUGAGAACAACAUGGGGAAAAGAUGACUCGUACAUGGUUGCGACACAAGUCGUAUUUACCAUUUACCUCUGCUUCCAGAUCGCUGCAGCGGUACAUGGAACUGGUCAGCAUAGAUGGCAUCUAAGCGAUGAGGAUGCAAAGACCGCACUACUAUUUUGGUACCUGUGUGAAGUCAUGUACGUCGUGACCAACUGUCUUCUCAAGUUUUCCAUUGGAUACUUCUAUCUCCGAGUCGCAGUCAGCCGAAAUCACAUCUGGUGUAUAAGGAUACUGAUGGGAGGUACUGUCCUGUGCUGCUUGAUUUACCUGUUCUUGGUCAUGCUCCAGUGUUCUCCUGUCUCGGCAUUCUGGGAGAUACAUCCUGCUUCAAGCAAAUGUAUAUCAAAAGGCCCAACCCUAGGCAUCAGUUAUGCUCUCGCCGCCAUCAACGCCGUGGCCGAUUGGAUAUUGGGAUUGCUUCCUUUUUGGAUGGUCUGGGGCCUGAACAUGAAGACGAAGACCAAGAUUUUGGUUGCGUGUAUCCUUGCGUUUGCUGCUAUUGGGAGUACAGGUACCGUUGUCCGCAUGGGAUACAUACACACACUUUAUGACGGCCCUGAUUUUCUCUAUGCCACGACCGAUGUCGCCAUAUGGAGCACAGUGGAGCCCGGUAUAGGAAUUGUUGCAAGCAGCAUCGCAACCUACCGACCACUAGUACACCACAUAUUGCAACUUCUCGGCUUCGCAGACGCACCCUAUGAGCAAAGCACAUCCUUCGAAUACACCAGUAAAGGCCGCAAUUACCGCCGCAGCCUGAGCGUAUCGGAUCUCGUGCCUACAGAAAUGGGAAUCAUGACUUCGCAUGUUACAGGGCCUGCUCCAGCGGGCUGGGGCGGUGCCCCACGGACUCCGAAAAUUGACAUUGAAGACGACAUAAUGACCCAUACUACGCCAGACGGCCAGAUCUUACAGACGGUGUCAGUACACCAGGAAUCCGAAGGACCCCCGAAACUCGAGCUGCGGGCCAGCUUCCAUAACAACCUUUCCAGAGGCGGUGUUUUUAGUCUUGGAAGAUUUCGAAUACCUGAGUGA